AUGGACAAAAAUGAUGAUCAUCAGAAUAGAGAAGAUAUGAUGAGCAAUGACCAGCCAUGUGUUGAAGAACAACACACUCAAGAUCAUAACGUGGAAACUCAAAGGCAACAUCAAGAGGAAUCCGGUAGUGUUAUAAGCAUAGACGGUAGGGAUGCAAACUUGCUACUGACUAUUAGAGAUAUAUCAGAUAAUCUAAACGCUCAAAGUCGGAAGGAAAAAGACCUGCCAGAAAUGAUUACUACCCUUCCACUUGUGAGCCAACCUCUGCCACUUUGUAAGAUACUACCAUCAUCAAGUAGUACUCUCAACCAACCUGCAAUGGCUCCAUUGGAUCAAACUGUACAAAUUCAUGAGGAAACAAAUGAAGAUCAGGAAAGACCAAAGAAGAGAAGAAAGACAAUAUCUGUACUAGAUGUCGAAAUCAUUGAUGUAGAUACAUAUAAUCCCAUGUGGCAAUUGGAUGAAAAGUUGUGGAACGUAUACUUGGAAUGGAAAAGAUCAAGAAAAACAACACAUGAAGAAAGUAGUAGUGGUGGUAGUAGUAGUGGUGGUAGUAGUAGUGGUGGUAGUAGUAGUGGUGGUAGUAGUAGUGGUGGUAGUAGUAGUGGUGGUAGUAGUAGUGGUGGUAGUAGUAGUGGUGGUAGUAGUAGUGGUGGUGGUAGUAGUAGUCGUGGUAGUAGUAGUCGUAGUAGUGGUGGUAGUGGUGGUCGUAGUAGUGGUGGUAGUGGUGGUCGUAGUAGUGGUAGUCGUAGUGGUAGUCGUAGUGGUAGUCGUAGUGGCUAUGAGAUUCGAACACAGGACAUCAAAGGCGCCCGCAUGAGGAGAAGACAACACGUGGCAUGCAUAGAUUGGCUAAAGAGUGGAGAAGGUGCGCAUGUGGAGUCUUUCGAAAAUGGGAAAUAA